CAGCUGCCAACAGAUGAGUACUGGAAUGGAUUCAAGCCACACUACUUGCUGGAACUUGAGAGUUUGUGAUGGCCUGAGCUUUCCCAACCACAGUGUAUGGACCUCAAGAUGCUGUCUGAAGACUGUGAAUAUCUUUGCUGUUUCUGCACCAACAAACCUUACAUUAAGGAAAGAUGAUAAAACAGAACACGGAGUUCACCAAGCAAUGAUUUCAGGAAGAAAUGUAGUUAAUAUUUUUCCCAGCAGAUGUGGCUGUUGGACCAGAAAAGGCUCAAGUUUGUUGUGGAAUAUUGAAAGUAGGAAAAAGAUCCUCUUCAUUCUGAUACUGGCAAAUGAUCUGAUGAAAUGUAAAACUGGAGCAUUUAUUACAUGGAGUCAGUGGGAGACCUUUACAAACUGGACUUUGAUGAAGAUGAUGAGUGGCCAGUCCUGCCUCAGAGUCUCCUCUGAUCUGUGGGGGCCUGGGCUGCUCCACAGAAUGGUCCCAUGCCUCGACACUGAUUUAUCAUCCACCAUGACCCCAAGCUCAUGGAUGAGGAAGGAAUACCUAUGGCUGCUACCAUCCCUGCCCCUCUGGCUUCAGAAAAAUCACCAAGCUUGGAGCAUGACUGCCCCAGGAAGGAGGAGAAGCAACUGCAUUGCUCUGCUCAACACAUGGCAGCUUGCUCCUCUCCUCUCCAGAGAACAUUGAUCUUCAAGGCCACACAUGAUUAAAGGAGUGGGAGACAUUCCCUGGAAUUAGCUGUUCCCUCUUUCUUUUUCCUGCUUAAGACAUCCUGCCAUGUGGGGACCCCACCUCCCUUCACUGCGGGUGCUCAAGGCACAAGAAAGGACUUUGUCUUCUGCCUGGGGAGGUACAGAAGGCAGCUGCUAUAGGAAGGGCAGGA